AUGCGUUUCUUUUCGGUCCUUUCCCUUGCCUGUGCUGUGCUCCAAGCUGUUUCUGCGAUUCCUGUGUCGAAUCCCAUCAAGGAUCCUGUGGCCCACGGGGCUUCUUACACUUCCAGCACCAACACUCAACAUCUCGAGGUGCGCGGGCGCCAGGGCAAGCAUCAUCGUUCCUCCAGGAAACACAAGCCUCCAACGCCAGUUCCUAUCACCUUCGAUAAGGAGAAAUCGCCGCAUGCGGCCCAUCAGGCUCUUAACAACCUUAACCUUCAUGGCAAGAAACGGAAGGCGGUGGAAAAAUAUCAUAAGAACGUUGUCGCAGAGCAUAUGAAGACUGUCCCUGGGGCACACUCAGCUGUCAUCAAAAACUUGGCCCAUUCGAUGGGGUCGCGAGAUCCCAAUGUUCACAUCAGUGCCGUUAUCAAGGACAAGGCAGGCAAUAUCAUCACGGCUCCCCGACGUGGAAACCCGAACAUCCAAGAUCCUACCCAUCACAUCUACACUAACAAGCAACACCCGCAUGAUGGAUACAAGCCCCUUCCCAUUGAGUACAAGAAGGCUGUCGACAAGAAAUUGAAGGCUGAGGGGAAGAAGCCAGGUCGCGUUUGA